AUUAUCGAGACGAUAGGCUAUAGGAAGGCCAGGGUUAUAUUAUGUGGCAAUGCUAUUAUUUCCACGGGAGCUUUGGAGUGUCCUCAUUAUUGCUCACACCAUUUAUUUGAGACAGGUAUAUCAGGUAGUUGCGGAACAGCCGAAAUUCAAUUCAACGUCAAAGUCAUUAUAGUCGACGACUUUUCAGAAUCAACAGCAUAUUUCAACGAAAUGAAUAGACAGAGUCCCGACAAUUUGUGCAAGUCCUCGUAAAUGCGAGUAUUGCCGAGUCUUAUUUACCGAGGGCCUAUCCGUACCGGGUGACCAAAUCCCCAGGGCAAAGACGGACAAGCUCCGCUCAUCUGGGACGGACCGAUCUCCAUCCUCUAUUCUUCCUAUCCGCUCUCCAUCUAGCUUCUUGUGAAGGUGCGCGGCCCAUUUCCUUGCAUUGCAAAGUAUAAAACACACGUCGCCGCAAUGUCUGCACGUCUUUGUCCCGCUUCAGCGAGACUUGUCACGCGAUCUUUCAGCAGGAUGCUUCACACCAAGCCCCGGACGCUGAACGCCCUUUUUAUACGCGGAGGCACCUCGAAUGGCUUGAUGAUUCACGACAGGGACUUGCCGGCUCGAGAUCAAUGGCAGACAGUCCUUCCAGCCGCCAUGGGAUCUCCCGAUCCCUACGGGCGUCAGCUCAAUGGUAUGGGAUCCGGUAUAUCAUCCACGUCCAAGGUGGUUGUGGUGCAUCCGCCUACCCGGGAUCACGUUGACGUGGAAUACACAUUUGUGCAAGUGAGGAUCAAGGACGACAAUCUCGACAUGGAGGGAAAUUGCGGCAACAUGAGCUCUGCUGUUGGCCCGACCGCAUGGGAAUGGGGUCUUGGGAAAGAUGAUGCCGUGGAAACAGACAGUCACGGCCAGGCGUGGGCCUCCAUGAGACUGUUGAACCGGAACACCAACAAGGUCAUUGUUGCGCGGUUUAGGGUGGAGGGGCGAGACUACGUUCCCUCAGGUGCAUACGAGCUCGAUGGCGUUGCCGGCAAGGCCUCGCCCAUCACCAUGAGCUUCAUGGAUCCCACGGGCGCCAAGACAGGAAAGGCACUGCCGUCGGGAAAUGCCGUGGACGAGUUGCCACUUGAGGAUGGAAGCACCAUUCAGGCCACACUCAUGGACGUCAGCAACCCAGGCGUUUUUGUCAACGUCGCAGACUUGGGCAUCGACGCGGAUGCAUUGACACCAGAUGCCAUCGAGGGAGAUGCCGCACUCAAGAGGCGGCUAGAACAGAUCCGUCGCGCCGGUGCCACGAAGAUGGGCCUCAACCCCGAGGUUGAGUCGAUACCGAAGAUCGUCCUUGUCUUCCCCUCCAAGGACACCUCAGCUGACAUUCGAUGCGCGGCCUUGUCCAUGGGCCAGGCUCACAAGGCGGUACCGCUCACGUUGGCGCUCUGCCUGGGCGCGGCGUGCCAGACACCUGGUACGAUCCCUGCGAGUCUGCUGAGAGAGAGCGGAAAGGAGGCUGUGACAAUUGCGCACCCGACUGGGAAACUGGACAUUGGCACCACGAUGAAAGACGGCAAAAUCGUCAGCGCAGAGCUCCUGAGGACAGCGAGGAUCAUGAUGAAGGGGCAGGUGUUGUACUAGACUCGGACUCGUGCGGUGGGACUUCGAGAUGCGGCGACUUACCCUGCAGACGUGGGGCGCCACGAGGGGUGGUCAGCCCGAGGCAGCAGCAAGGCGAUGGCGCCUAGUGAUCCUUCUGGUCUCAGCUCCUGGACCCUGCAGAUAUAUUCGAUCGCGUUUUCCGAUAUGUAUGUGAUCGACAUGUGCGCUU